AGGAAGUUCCAGGCAGGCGCCCACCAAGAAGAUAAGCUAAGUGUCCUUUUCUAUUUAUUACCUCAGGCCAGCUCAGAUGAAGUCUGAGGCCGGUAACAUCAACAGUGAGGACAAACCCAGUCUGCCUCUCUCCUUCCACACUGAGUCCAAACCUACAGUCACCCAGUCCUGAUUGUGACAGUGGAGCCCAGUUUUCUCUGCAGGAUCCAGAGAUGGCAUCAGUGAAGCUGGAAGACUGCAGUCAAACACUGGAGCUGAAUGUCAACAUUAAAGAUGAAGAAGAGGAGGAGGAGAUUGGGACAUCUGUUUCUCAUGGCCGACUCAGAUCAAGUCUGAGGCCAGUAAUAUCAGCAGUGAGGACAGACGCAGCCUGCCUCUCUCCUUCCACAGUGAGUCCAAACCUACAGUCACUGGGUUCUGAUUGUGACAGUGGAGCCCAGUUUGCACUGCAGGAUCCAGAGAUGGCAUCAGUGAAGCUGGAAGACUGCAGUCAAACACUGGAGCUGAAUGCCAACAUUAAAGAUGAAGUGGAGGAGAAGAUUGGGACAUCUGUUUCUCAUGGAGUCCAUGUUGAGACAUUCUCUACAUCUAUAGAGCAACAGCAGGAAGAUCACAGAGCUAAGAGGUCUCACCACUGCCCACAUUGUGAGGAGAUUUUCCCAAUUCUAUCAAAGUUCAAAAUACACCUAAGAAUACACAAAGGAGGGAAUCUGUAUUUCUGCACUGACUGUGGGAAGAAUUUCACAACAUCAAAGGCUAUGACAGUUCACCAGAGAGUACACACAGGAGAGAAGCCUUACUCCUGCUCUGACUGUGGAAAUAGUUUCUCUCGACGGGGCGACCUAAAAACACACGAACGUAUACAUACAGGAGAGAAGCCUUACUCCUGCUCUAAUUGUGUAAAAUGCUUCACCACAUCAGGUGAGCUAAAAAUUCACCAGAGAACACACACAGGAGAGAAGCCAUACUCCUGCUCUGACUGUAGGGCGAGGUUCUCUCAACUGAGCCACCUAAAACAGCAUGAACGUAUACACACAGGAAAGAAGCCUUACUCCUGCUCUGACUGUGUAAAAUGCUUCACUACAUCAUCUGAACUAAAAGUUCAUCAGAGAACACACACAGGAGAGAAGCCUUACUUUUGCUCUGACUGUAGGGCGAGUUUCUCUCAACUGGGAAACUUAAAACAACAUGAGCGUGUACACACAGGCGAGAAGCCUUACUCCUGCUCUGAUUGUGGAAAGAGUUUUUCUCGAAGGGGCCACUUUAAAACACAUGAGCAUAUACAUACAGGAGAUAAGCCUUACUCCUGCUCUGAUUGUGGAAAGAGUUUUUCUCGACAGGGCGAUCUAAAAAUACAUGAACGUAUACAUACAGGAGAGAAGCCUUACUCCUGCUUCAAUUGUAUAAAAUGCUUCACAACAUCGGGUGAGCUAAAAGUUCAUCAGAGAACACACACAGGAGAGAAGCCAUACUCCUGCUCUGAUUGUAGGGCGAGUUUCUCUCAACGGAGCCACCUAAAACAGCAUGAACGUAUACACACAGGAGAGAAGCCUUACUCCUGCUCUGACUGUAGGAAGAGUUUCUCUCAAUCGAGCCACCUGAAACAGCAUGAACGUAUACACACAGGAGAGAAGUCUUACUCCUGCUCUGACUGUGGAAAAUGCUUCACAACAUCAUCUGAGCUUAAAGUUCAUCAGAGAACACACACGGGAGAGAAGCCUUACUUCUGCUCUGACUGUGGGGCGAGGUUCUCUCAACUGGGAAACUUAAAACAACAUGAACGUAUACACACAGGGGAGAAGCCUUACUCCUGCUCUGACUGUGGGGCGAGUUUCUGUCAACCGUGCAACCUAAAAAAUCAUAAACGUAUACACACAGGAGAGAAGCCUUACUCCUGCCCUGACUGUAGAAAGAGUUUCUCUCAACUGGGCCACUUGAAAAGACACCAAGGUAUACAUAAAGGAGAGUAGCCUUACUACUGCAAUGACAGUUUCCACAGUUUUAAAUCAUCAGCUGAGCUAAAUGAUCUUCAAAGAAUAUACACGGGAGAGUGGCCUUCUGCUCUUACUGUAGCAAGAGCUUCUCGCAAUUGGGCAAUGUAAAACACACCAACGGCUACACACUUGAGAGAAGCCUCAUUAGUUCUCUCAGACCAGCUGAGAUUAGUCACUCCACUUAAUUCUUCUCAUAAAAUAAUUUGCAAUGUUGAAUUGGAUCAAAUGAAGAACGUGUAGAACACUUUUAGUCCUAUUGUUUCUCACUGUGAGAGAACAAUGCAGAGAACAGGGAGCGUCAUGGAAUGAUCAGUGAGCGUCUUGUCAAUUUUGCAAUUUUGCUGACAGUUGUGAAUCUGAUGCAGCCGAAGAGCUAACUGCCCCUUUACCUGGGAAAGCACCGAACAACAGACAGGGAUGUUGGACCAUCGAAGAGGUGCAAAUAUGAAGAGACCUAUAUUGAUUUGGGGUUCACUUAUAUUGGGAAUAGUGCCUUUCCUCAGCCAAAGUGUGUUUAUAGCUCACAACUGAAACCUUCACUCUUACGCAGACAUUUAGAAAAACGCAUGCCACAUUGAAAAAUAAGCCACAGGAGUUUUUUGAGCGAGAAUUAAGACAACUUUCGAGUAGUAAGACACCUAUUAAAGCAACAGAUACCAUUAAUAAGAAGGGGCUAGAAGCGUCUUAUAUGGUGAGCUACUGAGUGGCUGGGACAGGCAAGACCCAUACUAUUGUGGAGGACUUCAUUCUUCCUGCUUCUGUGGAUAUGGCUGGAGGAAAGGCCCAAAAAAACUAUACCGCAUCGGCGACAUGGCAAGAGAUGUUUUGAUACAAUUACUGCUUUGCAUAUACAAGCCAGUGAAUUCUAUGGAUUACAGCUGGAUGAGUCAACAGACAUGGCGGGCCUGGCACAGCUCCUGGUAUAUGUCCGUUCCGUUUUUGGGGGGUCAAUUAAGGAAGACAUCCUCUUCUGCAAACUACUGGAAACCAGGACAACAGGAUACCUUUUUAAAGUACUGGACAGCUUUGUGACAUCAAAUGGACUUUGGUGGUCAAGAUGUGCUGGUAUCUGUACUGAUGGCGCGAAAACCAUGACAGGGAGACAUAGUGGAGUGGUAACGCUGGUGCAAGCACUUACUCCCGAUGCUACUUUGGUUCACUGCAGCAUCCACCGAGAGCCUCUUGCUACCAAGGGAAUGCCUGACAGCUUGAAAGAUGUUUUGGAUACUACAGUGAAAAUGGUUAACUUUGGUGAAGCAAGGCCCCUGAACUCUCGUGCAUUUUCUGCACUAUGCAAUGAUAUGGGCAGCGACCAUGCAACGCUUUUACAACAUACAGAAGUGCGCUGGUCAUCAAGGGGCAAAGUAUUGACAUGGUUUUUUUUGUUUAAUUGAGAGACGUACUUAGUUUUUUUUACUGACCAUAAUUGUCACUUGUCUGACUGCUUUCAUGAUCAGUUCCUCAAAUGACUGGCCUCUCUGGGUGAUGUUUUUUCUCACCUGAAUGAUCUGAAUCUAGGAUUACAGUGACUGCAGCUAUAUUCAAUGUGCGGGACAAAAUUGAGGCUAAUAAGUUGGAGCUCUUCUCUGUCUGCAUUAACAAGGACAACACACAGGUCUUUCCAUCAGUGUAUGAUAUUUUUUUGUGUGUGAACAUGACCCUAAACUUAUGGACAAUGUCAGAUGUGAUCUUGCGAAGCACCUGAGUGAGUUGGGUGCGCAAUUACACAGGUACCUUCCCGAAACAGAUGACACAAACAGCUGGAUUCGUUAUCUCAUUUUGCCCUGCCUCCAGUCCACUUACCGAUAUCUGAUCAGGAGAGCCUCAUCAAAAUUACAAAAAGCGGAUCUGUGGAAAUGGAAUUUAGUCAGAAGCCACUGCCAGAUUUCUGUAUUAGGCUGCGCUCAGAAUAUCCUGCCUUGGCAAAUUGCGCUGUUAAGACACUGAUGCCCUUUGCGACCACGUACUUAUGUGAGAGUGAAUUCUCGGCCCUCACUAGCAUAGAAACUACAUACAGGUACAGACUGUGUGUGGAAAAUGAUUUAAGACAGACUCUCCAAUACAACCCAACAUUGCUAUGUGCAUCCUUUCAAGCACAACCUUCUCAUGAACCUGUGCUGAGUUAUUCACCAUUUUCAAUUAACAAGUUUUAUAUGUAAAAUGGUUAAAUAAAGAACGAAAUGUAUUAUUAUUUGUGCCCUGGUCCUAUAAGAGCUCUUUGUCACUUCCCACGAGCCGGGUUGUGACGACAACUCACAUUCAUUUCUUAUGUUUAAUAAAUGUAUCCUAUUGUGUGGGUGGCUUACAAUAUUUGAGUGCGCUGACCCUGGUGCUAGAGGGGGUACGCAGCUCGAGGUUGAAUGUUUGAAGGGGUCCGGGACUAUAAACAUUUUGUUAUCCACCGGUCUAGAUAAUCCCGGUUUCUGCUGUGUCAUGCUGAUGGGAUGACUAGGGUAUGGAGAAGACUAGGGUAUGAGUACAUGCAUCCAUGCCGUGUGUCAGCAUUGCAGGCUGGCAGUGAUGGUGUGGGGUGUAUUUUCAGGACACACAUUGGGCCCCUUGAUAAAAGUGGAGCAACAUUUGAAUGCCACAGGAUUUCUAAACAUAAUUUCCAAUCAGGUGCAUUCCUUUAUGGCAGCAGUUUAUCCAUCUGCAAAUUGAUUUUUCAGCAGGAUUAUGCCACAAGGCUUGUCCAGGGACG